UGGCUGUAUUGAACUGGUUGAAGUUUGGAUAAGAAAUUCCCCGUUUUCCCUUUUCAUCGUUUUCUGCGUGUACAGUCUUAAGUAGUCGUGCGUUUCCAGCACAGUCCAUUUCUUAGUUGCCUUCACGUUGAAAAUGAAGUUUUUACUGAUUUCUUGCUUGUUCGUUGCCUCUACUUUUGCUGAUGAACUGAAAGUCGAUGUCGUUUCAUUGCCUGACACAUGCGAGUCCAAGUCGAAAAAUGGAGACAUCCUGUCGAUGCACUACACCGGAACUUUGUUGGACGGCACCAAAUUUGACUCCAGUUUGGACCGCAACCAACCCUUCCAAUUCCAGAUAGGUGCUGGCCAAGUUAUUAAAGGAUGGGAUCAGGGUUUGCUAGACAUGUGUAUUGGUGAAAAACGUAAACUUACUAUUCCACCAGAGUUGGGUUACGGAGAUAAGGGAGCUGGAAAUGUCAUCCCUGGCGGGGCCACACUCCUUUUUGAUGUUGAGUUGAUGGGCAUUAACCAGGCUCCUCCCCCACAAAAUGUCUUCAAGCAAAUUGACAUUGAUUCCGACAACCAGUUGUCCAAAGAAGAGGUGGCAGAUUACAUAAAAAAGCACAUUCCUCCACCUGAGCAAACUGAAGAGGCUACUACCGAAGAGGGUACACCCCCACAGGAUCCCCUUAAGAUCACUGAAGAAAUCUUCCAACACGAAGAUCACGACCGAGAUGGCUACAUUUCAUUCGAGGAGUUUUCAGGACCCAAACACGACGAGCUCUAAGUCCUCCCAAGUUCGCACACAUUUGAUCCAGUUGUAAAUCUCAGGUGUGAUGAAGUUGCGUGCAGUACUUGAUUUUUUUUUUUGGAGGGGAUUUGGAAUAUUGGUUCUUUAUCACGUCGGGGUCUAGGUGAAGGGACUAUCUGUUUUUGUUUUAUUUUUUCAGAUUAUUAUCUUUCACGUUCCAAUUCUCGUGCCGAAGGGCCUGACGAGGAAUGUUGUACAAAGAAAACUAAUAAAUCAUGACGUCUGUCUUGUUCUAAAACCCCCCA